UUUGACCGGUUCCCACUGACACUCACAAUAAUUUAAUCGGAACUAAAUUAAAUUCCGCAUUAUCAUGUCAACAUUACGGCGAAAACCGGCAUCUACUAAAGACGAUAUUUACGAAACGAAUCCGGAACUAGACUAUAGUCGUUCCCCAGUGACCGUCGCGAAACCGGAAGAUCCUACUUUUUUCGAUAAUAGAACAGUGAUUGAUAAAGUUUCAUUAUUAAUAAUAAAAUCGGAAAACGAGCAGUUAUUGGAUAGGGAAAUUGAUAGAUCAAAACCAUCUAACGCGCAAGUGUAUCAACCACCCAACCUUAUCUCAGAAACCGAAUCACCAAUAGAAAAAGCGAUAUUUAAAAUUGAAAUAGAAGAUCACAAUCUAAUUAAGGAGGAAAAUGAUGCCCCAGUAGCUGAAGGGCAAGAGUGUCGGGUUGCUGCUAGAACAUUUUCUUUAUAAUUUGGUCACGUUCGUUAAUAGUCUUUGUGAUAUUUGUGAUAAAAUCAACCUCUGUCGGGUGAUCAAGUUGAAUAAACAAGAACGGUCUCUAGCUGCCCAAGUGUUGAAGAAAGUUGUUAAAUUGGGAUUGUCAAGGCGUAAAGUGUUUUUAUACAAAGGACCAAAGAGAGCAUGUCGUCAGUGCUUCACAAAGUUGAUACACCUACGAAGCUACCUUAGAGAAAAAAUUAUUAACCAACAACUUAAGGCCGCGAAACAAAUGGAUCCGAUAAACUCGCAUGAUAAAUCCUGUUUAUGUCAGACUUGUCAAAACUCAUAUUCUGGCUUAGAUGUUCUGAUUAACGUAAUAGAGCAGCAGCAAAAUGAUUCUCAAAACACUUAUUCCUCUUCAAAUACUUAUAUAGAUGAUCAUCAUUUUCAAGCGCUAGAAGCUCAAUCACUAGAAUAUGGUCACAAUAACAUUGAACUACAAAAUGCAACGUCUCAAGAUCAAUUACAUUCUAAUAACAACCAGAAUUCUUCGUUUCUUUACCAUGAUAAUAAUGUACCAUCGGUUAUGCAGACUCAAUCAAUGUUUCCAGUUUCUAACCCUUAUACUUAUUAUCCAGAACCGACUCAAUACAUGCCCUCGACAAGUACAGCCAAUUACUUUAUGGACAAUGUUUCUUUUCCUGACCAAAAUCAAAAGCGGCCACAUAGUUCAGAUUCUAGUUCCAGUUGCACUAGUGAUACAGUAUUACCUAUCAUGUUAUCCCAUAUGUCAGAUCCUGAAUGCCAACCCUCAACUUCUACAAGUCCCUCAUCAAAAUCAAGAAAAGGUAAAAAAAUAUGUCAGUGGUGCCAUAAAGUAUUCAAUCACACCGGUGACUACACUAAACACGUUAGAACACACACAAAGGAAAAACCGUAUCCGUGCCCGCAAUGUGGUAAAACAUUUCCUCACACAUCAAACUUACAUCGGCAUGUGAAGACUCAUAGUGACCAACGACCUCACAAAUGUGAGUUUUGUGGCAAGGAAUUUAUUAGAAAAGAUAAAUUAAAGUUUCAUAAAGAAUGUUGCAGUAGAAGACGGAAAAGCGAAUAAUAUCUGUAAUUUUUUUUAUGGUUUUAAUUUAUUCAAGACGUUUUUCUAAAACGUGCCCUUUUAAAUUCUGGGGGUGAUCUUUUAUUUUAGAGCUACAUGUAUAUUUUGUUUUAUAUAAAGUGCCAUUGUAUGAUAAUGUUAUAUAGUUUAUUACUUUUUAUAAAUUUGUAAAUAAAACUUUUGUUGAGCUUC